UUAACGUCUCGAGGAUAGAUAGCCUAAGUCACGAUUCUUAUAACUUUUUAUGUUUAUUUGUAGUGUGAUUUAAUUUUUUUUUACUAUGUGUAACUGAAUUCGUGUUAAAUUAUGUCAAAAUUAUUUUAAUUACCGUUUUUAAUGGCUUACAUGAUACUAUUUUUUUUUUUCGUACGAAACGUUGAAAUUUCGCUUUAUGUGUAUUGUGUAAUUUGUAUUCGACAAAAUUUAGAAAAUCGGUGUAAACUAAGUGUAAACUGUAAAGCAAACACCGGUUGUACCCGUGAAAAUUACGCUCGUUUUUUGUUAAAAAAUAAGAAGUACUCUUGAUUUAAUCCGCAUUAUCCAUCAUGGAAAAGAAAUCUAACAAUCAAAGUUCAGAACAUAAGGAACGAAAGAAGAAAGAAAGCAUAGUUGAUCUAUCGAGAUACCUUGAGAAAGUAAUCAGAGUCAAAUUUGCAGGUGGCAGGGAAGUCUCCGGAACAUUGAAAGGAUAUGACCCAUUAGUCAACUUAGUGCUGGAUAAUACGACUGAGUAUUUGAGAGAUCCACAAGAUCUUUUCAAAUUGUCAAAUGAUAAUAGACAAUUGGGAUUGGUUGUCUGUCGUGGAACUGCAGUGAUUCGAGUAUGUCCUAUGGACGGCAUGGAACAGAUAGCAAACCCAUUUGUUGCCCAAUAACCUUCUGUGAAGCGGAUUUUUUUCUGCACAUACCUAUAAUGUAAGGUGGCGUUAUUUUAACUAGACUGUAAAAAUAAUAAUGGAUAACAUUCUUCAACUGCGGAACUCCAUCUGUAAAAAUGACUCCAGGAUUGAAUCCCGAAUAAAGUUUCGUUUUUAGUACA